AUGACGCAAUUCUCCGGAAGCACUCUUCACAGAAAGGAGAGCCCUAUGUCAUGGCCAUUGUGGUGGCGAUUGAUCAUGAUGGGGAACUUAUCAUUCUUUGUUAUGAUGGGUCAAGUUCUGGGUGCUUCUAUUCCACCUAUGCUUCUUCCUCUUGUGAAGGAUAUGCAUGUGAGCAGCACAAAGAUCUCUCAGCUCGCGAGCUGGGGAACCCUUUGUAUUGGCCUUGGGAAUAUCUGGGCACUACCUACCGUCGCCUACAUCGGCAGUCGUUAUACCAUCCUCAUCGGUCUAGCCAUCUUCACCGCAGGCUUUUUCUGGCAAGCCAGGGCGCAAUCAUACGAAUCUCUACUCGCAGCUCGUGUCAUCGGCGGGUUAGGCGGUGGUGUUGUAGAAGCACUAGGUCCAGUUGUGGUGGUGCUGCUAUUUCCUCGCGAGUACGUCGCCCGAGCUAUGAGCGUAUACACCUGGGCUUUGGGUGCGGGCGCCGUCUUUGGUCCAUUGAUUACCGGCUACGCGGUCGAUAACCUGGGGAGCUGGAGAUAUCCGAAUUAUAUAUUCGGUGGCAUCUCUGCUCUCAACCUCCUUGUCAUGGUCCUGAUGUUCCCAGAGCCUCUCACCAAUAUUCGAGUUCCUGGCGACCCAGAGCAUUCCGACUUUCCUAUCGAGUCCCAUGAUGAAGGGCAAGUCAGUGAGCCAAAGGAGCCUCUGGAGGAUGUUGGUGAUGCGCAGCAAUACGAGACACGCCCAGCUUCAGUUGCCAUGAUUGAGUCAGACAAGCCUGGUGCACUCUGGUUGAGACGUUCUUUCUUCUUAACUCUUAGACACAACCAUCCCCCACCAAAUUUCUUCUAUCUUGUUGUGGAACCAUUCAGAAUCCUUGUGUCUCCUGCUGUCAUCAUCACAGUCCUUUUGUUCGGCUUCUCAAUCGCCGGUACCAUUGCCACCUCAAUCCUGGUCUCCAUUACAUUCUCUCAGCCGCCGUGGCUGUGGACAUCCGGCCAGGUUGGCCUUUACAACAUCGCCCCUCUCUUGGGUUUGUUAGCUGGCAUGCCUUUCGGUGGUGCUGGGGCAGACUGGCUUGCCGAAAGACAUUUGCGACGCCAUGGCGAGUUCAAGCCUGAGUCAGCGUUACCUAUUCUUUUACCAUUCGCUAUUGCGACUCCAAUAGCUACAACGUUUAUAGGUGUUGGAUUUCAGCGAGGCUGGCACUGGGCUGUUGUCGGACUGUGCUGGGCCAUCCUCAAUGCCAAUUUGACUGGAGGAUGCAAUGUUAUGAUCUCUUACUGCACUGAGAGCUAUCCCAAGAAGGCCAUUCAGAUUGGUGUCGUGGUUAAUGUCAUUAAGAAUGUUAUUGGCUUUGGGGUAUCUUACAGCACUCUGGACUGGUGGAUGAAGGAUAAGUACUUGAUGUUCUUGACUGUUGCUCUGGUCAUUUUUGUGCUCUUCAUUGCUGCGGUCCCCUUGUGGAUCAGCGGGCCGAGCAUUACUCGCAAGACUAAAGGCUGGGUAGGUUAUGAGGAGGAGUAG